AUAACCGGCUGGAAUUUCUGAGUUGCCUGCAGACAAUGCGGAACUGAGCGGCCCGCUCUAAAACAACAGAUGAAAAAGGGUUAGCAUUGUGUGCCCGUUGGUAGCUGUGCCCCCAAUGGAGAGAAAAAGGACUUGGUAAUUCACUUGGAAGUGAGUUAUUCGGCUGAUGAGAGAGUUCCCAGCGCCUUUGCCAUGGACUCGUCUGUUCUCCUGCUGGAGAAGCCAGCCAGCAAUGGAGCCCCCUGCGGUUCUGAACAGCUUGUGGACCUCGAGGCCAAGUCGGAUUCACUCGCAGGAGGAGAUGGCACAGAGAUUGCUUGUACAAAUGAUGGCCAAGUGCCAACUGAAGAAGAGAGUCUGGCACCGAACAAUGAGGAGAGCCCUUUCCAGAAUGGACCGGCGUCUCGGUUUCCUGAUCUCCCUGCGUCUGUUGAUCUUGCCAGUGGUCCGCGUGGGGAAGAGCCUGUUCCAGGUGUGCCCGGUUUCAAUGCCAACCUAAAGUCGUCUCGGGGAGCUAGUGCUGAGGGCAUAGUUCUUAGGAAAGAAGCGUUGCAGUCCCUCAAACUAAGCCUUCCCAUGCAAGAAACGGAAUUGUGUUCCUCUGAUUCUCCUCUUCCAUUGGAGAGGGAAGAACAGAUCAGACUUCAGGCAAGAAGGCGCCUUGAAGAGCAGCUGAAACAGUACCGUGUGAAAAGGCACCAGGAGAGAAAGCAAUCUAAAACUCGUCCCUCCAGUACCCUCGAUCCUGAGCUAAUGUUCAACCCAGAGAUCUUGCCAAGGGCCAGCACUGUCGCUAUGACAAAAGAAUAUUCCUUCUUGCGGACCAGUGUCCCACGGGGACCUAAGCUGGGAAGCCUGGGUCUUCCGAUGCAGUCUAAAGAGAGGAAAAGUUCCAGAUCUUCCUGGUCAAGUAAGAUCCGAUCCCUGGCUGACUACAGAACUGACGAUGCAGACGGAAGUGCUGGUGGGACUGUUCCAGCCGCCGAUUCGCCCAGUGCUUCUCUAAAGCAAAACAGGAACAGCCUGACUUCAGUCGUGUCUGAGAUCAGGCUGACCCCCGACCCAGACGACCGCCUGGAGAUUUCCUCCUUGGCGGAAGACAGCGUGUCGGAAAUCGAUGGAAGCGACGUCGGAAUGCGGCUGGAUGGCAACGAGAGUGACAGCUCCACCUACAGCAGUGUCUCCGGCAGGGGUCCGCACAGCACUUUACUCAACAUGGAAGGCAAGCAGGCAGUUUCGUUCACUGUGAAUGGCCAGGAGAUUCCUUUGGAUGCCGUCGGACAGUUUCCUUCCAUCAGAGAGGUGUUGCAGGCCGCAGCGAAGGAGGGACACAGCCAGGAUCAGGAGCUGAACGGGGAGGUGAGGAGUCGGAGAGACAGCAUCUCUAGCAGUAUAUCCAUGGAAAGCUCUAUUGUGGGCACACAUGACGAAAUGUUGCAGGUCCUCAAAGAGAAGAUGAGGCUGGAAGGCCAACUCGAAGCGCUGUCGUUAGAAGCCAACGAGGCUCUUAAAGAGAAGACAGAAUUACAGACCCAGCUUGCUGCUUUGAAUAUGAAGCUUCAGGCCCAGAUGGAACACAGUCAAAGCAGCCAACAGAAACAGGACUCCCUGAACUCGGAGGUGGCCACCUUGAAGCAGUCUUGCUGGGAUCUGGAGCGGGCCAUGGCGGAGCUGCAGACUGCCUUGGAGGCCAAGAAUGCCAGCCUGGCUGCUUCUAACAAUGAUUUGCGGGUGGCAGAAGAACAGUACCAAAGACUCAUGGGGAAAGUGGAGGACAUGCAGAAAAGUGUCCUCAGCAAGGAUAGCGCAGUUCAUGAUCUCCGACAGCAGCUUUCAUCUUUGCAAAGCCAGCUCCAGCAGGUGCAGUUGGACCGCACAACAUUGACCAACAAGCUGAAAUCGUCUCAAGCAGAGAUCGUGUCGCUUCAGAAAGUACGGCAGUGGUACCAGCAGCAGUUGGCGGUAGCACAAGAGGCGAGGGUCAGGUUGCAGAGCGAAAUGGCAAACAUACAGGCUGGGCAGAUGACUCAAGUAGGUCUGCUUGAACACCUCAAGUUAGAGAAUGUAACACUCUCUCAUCAGUUAACGGAGACUCAACACAGAUCCAUCAAAGAGAAGGAGCGGAUAGCCUCACAGCUGCAAAAUAUUGAGGCUGACAUGUUAGAUCAGGAAGCAGCCUUUCUGCAGAUCCAGGAGGCCAAGACCAUGGUGGAAGAGGACCUGCAGAGAAAACUGGAGGAGUUCGAGGACGAGAAGGUGCAACUCCGAAAAAUGGCAGACUCUGCAGCAACGUUGGAGCAGGAGCUAGAGCAGGUGAAAUUAACACUGCACCAACGAGAUCUCCAGGUGGAAGCUUUGCAGCAGGAGCAGCUGGAUCUUAUGAAGCAGCUGACUUCCACGCAAGAGACGCUGCAGACCCGCGAGGAGUCCUUGAGUGACCUUCAGACCCGUUACGACGAUGUGGAGGCCAGGCUGGCGGAACUGCAGGGGGAGGCCGCCGCCAAGGACGAGACCAUCCAGUUUUUGCAGAAUGAGAAGAUCGUCCUGGAGGUAGCCCUGCAGGUAGCGAAAGCAGGGAAAGAAGGCCUCAAUGAAGGAGUCAAGCAUUUAGGAGAAGGCGCCGAGGCAGUAUCGGACACAUUGGAGCAACUGAAGCAGGAACUCGCUAUAAAAUCGAGUCAGGUGGAGAAUCUGCAGCAUGAAAGCGCAAGUCUUAAGAAGCAAGUGCAGAAGGUGAAAGAGCAGUUUCUGCAGCAAAAGGUGAUGGUGGAAGCUUACCGCAGAGAUGCGAGCUCGAAGGAUCAGUUGAUCAGCGAGCUGAAAGCUACAAAGAAGAGGCUGGACUCUGAAAUGAAGGAACUGAAACGGGAGCUCCUGCAGCUUCAGGGACAGAAGAAAUCUGUGGAGGUGGAAAAAUCAAGGCUGGAGAAGGAAGUGUCUCAGGUUCGGCAGCAGAUGGAAGAAUUGGAGAGCCAUCUUCACGCAGCGCAGAGGGAACGAGACGACAUGGAGACCCGGCUUCAGUCUUUGCAGUUCGAUCAAGAACAAAUGGCUGCUCUCAGCCAGACGAAUGAGGUACUAAAGCAGCAGGUAGAGGAAAUGCAACGGGAAGCCAAAACGGCCAUUACCGAGCAGAAGCAAAAAAUGAAGCGACUGGGGUCUGAUCUGAACACGGCACAGAAGGAGAUGAAAGCGAAGCACAAAGCCUACGAGAACGCUGUCGGAAUCCUGAGUCGGCGGCUGCAGGAAGCCCUCACUGCAAAGGAAGCAUCGGAAGCAGAGCUGAGCAAACUAAAGGCACAGAUCACCGAUGGAGAACACAGCCAGGCAGGCCAGGAAAGGAUUCAGGCUCUGGAGGUGGAAUUGCAAGCUCUUGUCCACAGCAAGAUGGUGCUCGAAAAGGAACUGCAAGAAGUGAUAUCCGUCACCAGCCAGGAGCUGGAGGAAUACAGAGAGAAAGUCCUCGAACUUGAAGAUGAGCUUCAAGAGUCAAGGGGCUUCCGGAGGAAGAUAAAGCGCCUGGAAGAAAUAAACAAGAAGCUGUCGCUUGAACUCGAGCAUGAACGCGGGAAACUUACCGGUCUCGGUCAGUCUAAUGCCGCUCUGCGGGAACACAAUCGCAUCCUCGAAGCAGCGCUGGGCAAGAGAGAGGCGGAUCUGGUGCAGCUUAAUCUUCAGGUGCAAGCAGUUCUGAAGCGCAAAGAGGAAGAGGAUCAGCAAAUGAAGCAACUCAUUCAAGCCUUGCAGAUGGCCCUAGAAAAAGAGAAGACGAAAGUGAAGGACCUUAAAGAACAGGUCGCAACGGCCAAAGUGGAGGCAGCCCAUAAUCGCCGUCACUAUAAAGCAGCUGCCCUUGAGCUCAGUGAGGUGAAGCGAGAGCUGCAGGCCAAAGAAGCGCUCAUCCAAGCCCUUCAGGCCGAAGUGGACAAGCUUCAGGCCAGUGAAGGGAAGCAUUCCGAGGAAGUGUCCCAGUUCCAGCAGGAGCUGGCGGAAGCCCGGUCCCAACUUCAGCUCCUGCAGAAGCAAUUGGACGAGCAGCUCAGCAAGCAGCCUGUAGAAAAUCAAGAGGUUGAAGACCUGAAGUGGGAGGUAGAUCAGAAGGAGAGAGAAAUCCAGGCCCUGAAGCAGCAGCUGGACCUGACAGAGCAGCGCAACCACAAAGAGUUAGAAGGCGUACAGUUGGUGCUGCAGAAUAUCAAGGCUGAGUUGGAGAUGGUUCGAGAUGAUCUGUCCUUAACCCAGAAGGAUAAGUUCAUGCUUCAGGCAAAAGUGACCGAACUGAAGAACAGCAUGAAGACGCUGCUCCAGCAGAACCAGCAGCUGAAGCUGGACUUGAAACAUGGGAAGAUGAAGAAGAGGAAAGAACUGAAGGGAGACACAAAUUCUUCAAAUCCCGUGACUCCGGUGAAGAUCCCCGACUGCCCUGUCCCUGCGGCAUUGCUGGAAGAGCUGUUGAAGCCCCCAACAGCAGUGAGUAAAGAGCCUUUAAGAAACCUCAACAGCUGCCUCCAGCAACUCAAGCAGGAGAUGGACAGUCUUCAGCGUCAAAUGGAGGAGCACACGAUCACGGUACACGAAUCAAUGUCUUCAUGGACACAGAUAGAAGAGCAGUUAACAGACCUUUCUACAGCCUCCUCUGCAUCAGGCAACCAGGAACUUCCCAAUAGAGAUCUAAAGAUGCAUAAUCACGAUGCAGGGGGGAAAAAAGGGUUAAUGCAGUGACCUCGGUUCUCCUUGCUUCACUUGAUAACUGCUCUAAGUAUGUAAAAAAAAAACCUUUUAUCGACACAUUUGUGAGGUUUUUUUAGAACAGACUUCUGAGUUCUCUGUCUUUCUUUUUAAUAACAGAAACGAAAAUAGGCAAAAUGUUAUUUGAAGGCAAAACUUUAUUAACCUUUCUUUAAAUCCAUUUUAUCUGAGAGAGAGUCAUAAUUUGGUAGGGAGUUGUGACUUCAGUGCACCAAGAAGGCUCCAAGGGAAAUAUUUUCUCUUUCUCCCUGCCACCCCCAAUUCGGUAACGAACAGAGACAGAAUUGGGUUGCAAAAGGAAUUGGGUUUCAUGACGAUGGCGCUUUCCCCCCAGAUGUUGCACCCACACUUAUCAGGAGUGCACGCUACCAGUGAUCUUUCAGAUACACUACGAAAAUCUGGUGGUUGGUUGUACGUGCCAAAGAGGUUUGUGCUUGCAAAAAGAAGCAUGUUGCUCCAUUCAGACAAGAUGGCAACUGCAUAUAUUGGGAGGAUCCAUAUGUGAUUACUGGCCUCCCAGUAUGCGUGGAUGUAACAUCUGAAAAGACUACUUUUUGUGCCUCUUUUGAAUUGGCAACUGUCUUCAAUAAUGACUCAGUCUGGAUCAGAUUUUGGAAUAUGAGUCAGCUUGUUGCACCUGGUGACUUUUGAUGUUUCAUUUCAGUCUUUUGUAGAGAGACACCAUUGAUUCGUUGCAUUAACAAUAGCAGAUGAUCAAUAUGAAACAUAUCUUCCCUGUAACCAUGAAUCUCGAAGCCACACGCUCUGAAGUAGCCCCAUUGCAUCAACUGGGUCUGCUUCAGAGUAAACAGAUUGCACAUCCACAACCAAAAGCCAGAAGAAAGCUUUGUUUUACUUUGGCAGAUUUAUUUGCACUUUUUUGGGGUACAGAGUGGGGGAUUAGGCAGGAAACAACUCCAGUGCCGGAUCCAUAUAAAUACAAAACCCGUUCUGCCCUGGAGUAUCCGUUUUAAGGGGCUUAUAUAUUAUAGGUCACAAACUGCCAGGGUUUGAGUUUUUGUUGCUGUUUUAAAAUGUAAUUACAUCUUGGUGUUUGGAAAAUAUUGUAUAUAAGGGGCUCAGGAAAGCUAGCCCGAAAAUCAGAGCUUUUUAGCAAUGUAAUUAAUUCAGUUAUCGAAUCUUUCAAAGACGAAUGUUAUAUAUUGCCUAUAGACCUCUAUUUGUUAGCUUUAACUCCUCCCCUCCUUCCUUCUAAUGACUGAUUAGGAGCUUGGUGCUCAUGUAACCUUCUCUGCGGACACACCUGCUGAGCUAACAUCAGCGGGCUGAAGAAACAUGCCUUAGACUUUUCUUCCGUUCCUGCCCCAUAGCUGAUGAUGCAAAGACUUGCCCCGCGCUCACUAGAUUUCAAAGCAAACAGACCCGGCUUUUCGGGCUUCGUACUUUGAACUGCACUCUAGGAUGUGCUAGAGAAAAUUCCAGCUAGGAGAAUGAGUGGGCAUGUAGGAUGAACCGUGUAGAGGCUGAAAAGGUGUGGAAGUCUAGGCUGUAGUGUUCAGUUCACUGAGCCUUUAACAUUUGGAUCACUCCUCUCUUCAACAUCCAAAGCAACCAUGGGUAUGUUGUACUAAAUGUUACAGAGAUGAGGGAACUGGGCAUACAGCUGCUGUUUUCAGCAGCAGCUAUGUGUACAUUACAAUGUCCGUUUCCAGCUUUACGACAGGGUAGAUCUAUUCGUGGCACAUAGGAAAAAUCUAGAGGAUUUCUGCCCCUGGAAAGAGCAUGAUCUGCAAAUUUGUUUUUAAUCAAAUUUCUCAAAGGCAGGUACAUUUUUUUGGAGGAUAACGUUUGCUUUACAGUGCCAUCCUAAGCAAAGUUACACCAUUCUAAACCCACUGACUUCAUCAGGUGUAACUCUGCUUAGGAUGACACAGUUAACAUGGGUGUGUUUCAGAUGAUCCAGUUCACAUAACAUCCAGCAAUGCUACUGAAGUUUUGCUGUAGUGGCCCAACUCUAACUUUUCUUCAAUGACUUUUUUCCAUUUUGCUUUUUAAAAACUGACUGAUUCUGCAGCUUCUUUUCUUACUUGCAUC